AUGUUCAUUUGUAAUUUUUGCUCUAAAGUGGUGAAAGGUGGACGCAUUCAUAGAACGAAAUUGCAUCUUUCCAGGCAAAGGGGUGAUGUAGGACCAUGUAAAAAAGUUCCUGCAGAUGUUCGUUAUAGAUUGCAAGAAAAUUUAAGGGAAUUUUACGAACAAAAAAAUGCUAAUGAGCGAGAACCGGUGAAUCCAUUCGGAUAUAGUGUGCAUCCAUUUGAAGGUGACAUGAAUGAAGACCCAGAUAAUGCAAGUCUCCAAGAUAGUGGGCCUAGUGAUUUAUCAAGGAAAAGGAAAAAAACGGGCAUUACAUCUUAUUUUCCAAGUGGUAACAAACUUGGAACAAACCUAACUAUUAAAGCGGCAUUGCAAAGCAAAGAAAGAUGGCAUGAAGUGGAUUUGGCUAUUGCCCGAUUUUUCUAUGAUGCUUGUAUCCCAAUGAAUGCUUCAAAUUCAUUUUAUUUUCAACCAAUGAUAGAUGCUAUAGCAUGUAUUGGUUUGGGAUACAAAGGUCCUACUUAUUAUGCUUUGCGAACCAACUUGUUAGAGGAGUCAAAGAAAGAAUUGCAAUUGCUUUUUGACACUUAUCGCAUUAGUUGGGAAGAUUGUGGAUGCACAAUAAUGGCCGAUGGUUGGAAGGAUAUUCGUCAAAGGUCUUUGAUUAACUUUCUUGUGUAUUCUCCAAAAGGAACAUCAUUCAUAAAAUCUGUUGAUGCCUCGGACAUGAUUUCGGAUGCUUCCACCUUUUGUAAUUUGUUUGCAGAGAUUGUGGAGAUUGUUGGGUGGAAAAAUGUGGUUCAUGUUGUGACAGAUAAUGCCGCCAAUUACAAAGCUGUGGGAAGAUUGCUUAAUGACAAGUAUCCCAGUAUUUUGUGGACACCAUGUGCAGCUCAUUGUUUGAAUUUGAUGCUCAAGGAUAUUGCCAAAAUUCCUCACAUAGAGACUUUGGCGCAUCGUGCCUCUUCAAUUACUAUUUUUGUGUAUAAUCUCAAGUGGACUUUGAGUUGGCUAAGAAACAUAAAAGGUUGGACAGAAAUUCUUCGACCUGGUGAUACUCGAUUUGCAACAACUUUCAUUGCUUUGAAGAGUCUUCAUGAUCAUAAGUCUGACUUGCAAGCUAUGGUUACUUCUAGAGACUUACUUGUUUGGAAUGGGUCUAAGACAAAAAAAGCAAAAGAUGUUUGCAAUAUUGUCUUGGAUAAUCAAUUUUGGAAUGAUUGCUUGGUAGUAGUCAAAAUAGCCUCUCCACUUGUGAGAUUGCUACGCAUUGUUGAUUCUGAUGAAAGACCUUCUUUGUGUUACAUUUAUGAAGGAAUGAUUAGAGCAAGCAAAGCUAUAAAAGAGACAUUUAAAUAUGUAAGGAGAUUGUACCAACCUUACAUCUCAAUUUUGGAGGAAAGAUGGGAGCACCAAAUGAGUCAAGAUAUUCAUGCAGCCGCAUUUUGGUUGAAUCCAACAUUUCAAUAUGAUAAAGACACUGUUGAGAUUUGCCAAUCGCCGAAUGUUAUGGAUGGGUUUAUAACUAUAAUUAGCAACCCUAAUAUUGCUCCAAACCAUAACAAAAUGAUAGUUGAAUCUUCUAUCUUUCGAGAGCGAAUGGGUAGCUUUGGAAAUAGCUUGACCCAAUCUUCUAGCAAAAUUACAAGGCUAGGUAUGAUAAUUGAUAUAUAA